AUGAAGUGGAGGAAGAAAGUGUUCUUUAUAACAUUUAUCGCCAUGAAUUUAGUUGAUGACCCGGCUCUGGAAGUGACAAUCGAACAAGGAACUUUAAUCGGAAAAACUAGCAGUGACCGAUCGUAUUUUGAAUAUCUUGGCAUACCUUAUGCAAAUUUUAACAGUACCACGCGGUUUAGGGCUCCGGGACCACCUCCACAUUGGGAAGGCAUAUACAGAGCUGUGGAAGAACCUCCAUCAUGUCCACAAAAUAUUUUUAUUGGAAUAAUCGGAAAUGAAGAUUGUUUAAAACUUAAUGUUUACGUUCCCGCGUCAGAUAAAAAACCAUUCCCAGUAUUAGUUUAUGUCCACGGAGGUGCUUUCAGUUUUGGAAGUGGCGGCUUAGAACCGGUUAUAGAUGAUAUGCCCAUAAACAUUAUAAAGAAUAAGCCUUUCAGUGUAGACGCAAUGUAUGGAUCAACAAGUAAGGAAGGCUUGUUUAUAAUGGGUAGUGAAACAAUUGAAUCUCUCGAAGAAAGGAAGGGAGGCAGUUUGUUUGCUGGUGAUCUACAAUUUUAUUCUGAAGAUGAGGAAAAUCCUACGCCUGAUCCUAAUGAAUUUGGAGUAAAAUGGGAGCCAAGCAUGAAAGAUAAUAUGAAGUUUUUGCACAUCGAUCACGAACUGAAAAUGGGAUCCAUGCCCAACGAAACAAUUUAUCAAUUUUGGCGAGAUAUCUAUGAUAAAUACAGAAUUACACAUACUAUCUAG